AUGGCUCCAUCCAGAACACCACGCGUCGCCCUAGUAGGUUGUGGCCCAUGGGGCAGGAAUCUUGCCCGCAGUUUUGCUCAGUGGGGAGCACUUGAUACCAUUGUCGAUGCUGUGCCGGAGCAGGCAAUCCAAUUAGCAGAAUAUAUAGCAAAUCAGGGAUUUCAUCAACCAACCAUCUCCAGCUGGGAGGAAGUACUCAAAAACACCCAUAUUGAUGCAAUCGCGCUUGCAACACCAGCACCAAAGCACGCUGACAUGGCGUUUACAUGUUUGGCAGCUGGCAAACACGUCUUCAUCGAAAAGCCUUUCGCUCUGUCAGUCGAGGAUGGAAAUCGCGUUAUCCAAAAAGCAGCAGAAACGGGAAACAAAAUUGUCAUGAUUGGCCACCUCUUCCAAUAUCACCCUGCUUUCAUCAAACUCAAAGACAUGGUACGAAAAGGACGACUCGGUGUCAUCCAGCACAUACAUUCCCGUCGACUCAACUUUGGUCGCGUUCGUGAGGAGGAAAACGCUUUUUGGAACCUUGGUGUGCACGACUUAUCCAUGAUUCUCACACUAGCAAAUCAAUCCCCCGAUAUCGUCACGGUUCAGGGGUUCCAUCAUCUUCGCCAAAACAUCGCAGACGUCGCCUCUGUAGCCUUAUCGUGGUCAUCUGGGCUUCAAGCGCAUAUUCACGUUUCGUGGUUGUAUCCACAAAAAGAAAGAAAGAUGAUAGUCGUGGGAGAUAUCGCAACCGCGGUUUUCGACGAUUGCGAACCAUGGGAGACCAAGCUUCGCGUUUUUAACAACAGUUUCCAGCAUAUCGAUGGUGUUCUACAAGCUUUGAAGGGUGGUUGGGAGGCGAUACUUCUCCAAGUUCAAAAGCCACUCGAUGCCGAAUGUCGAGAAUUUCUUGACUGCGUGGAAAGCGGACGUCGCCCUAUCACCAGUACGCUUGAGGCGCUACCUGUUGUUGAAGUUUUAGGUCGAAUAGAAGCUGAGAUCCAGAAAAACCGAUUUGACAGCCACCCCGUUGUGAACGAAGCGGUAGAGAUCGACUAUCAGAUGCCCUCAGAUCAACGGCAUGAUAGCAUCACUGAAACGACGGAGCAAGGCGAAGUUGACAAUCUACCCGCCGAAGAUCAGGUUGAUGAGAAAGUGAACAGGGUAGGUCAACACUGCGAGAGCAGUAUACCACUGCUUGACCUCGCGACUCAAACAGAGAAACUUCAGGAAAAGCUAGACAACAGGAUAGCGAGGGUAUUUCAACAUGGAAAGUUUGUCCUCGGGCCCGAAGUCCAAGAGCUGGAGUCCAAGUUAUCCGAUUUCACCGGCGCCGCUCAUGUCGUCACCUGCGGAAGUGGGACAGGUGCUCUAACAUUAUCACUGCUCGCUCUAGGUAUACAACCAGGGGAUGCCGUACUUGUUCCAGAUCUGUCUUUUGUCGCCACCGUGGAACCGGUGGUAUUGCUUGGUGGGAUCCCCGUGUUCGUGGAUGUUGAGCCGCAACACUUGACAAUCAAUGCGACGCUGAUCGAUGCAGGUGUCAUGGCUGCUAAGAAGGCAGGACAUCGAGCAGUCGGUAUCAUUGCAGUCGAUCUUUAUGGACACCCUGCCGACUAUGACGCAUUAAAUGAAGCUGCAAGUCGUCACAACCUGUGGAUCAUUGGUGAUGCAGCACAAAGCUUUGGUGGAAGCCUUAAUGGGCGCCGUGUUGGUACGCUCACCCAAGUGACCACGACGAGUUUCUUUCCCUCGAAACCGCUUGGAUGUUAUGGCGACGGUGGCGCCAUAUUCACAGAGGAUAGAGACUUUGCGCAUAUUUUGAAAUCCCUACGUCAGCACGGUCUUGAUGAAACAAAGUCGAAUGGCUUACGCAUUGGAUUGAACAGUCGACUCGACACGAUCCAGGCAGCCAUACUCCUUUGCAAGCUGGAUCUGUUAUCCGAAGAGAGGAAAAACAAAGAGAAAGUCGCGUCGCGAUACUCAUCUUUAUUGCAGAGCGUGGUUGAAGUGCCUACUACACGUCCAGGCACGCAUUCUGCUUGGGCUGCGUAUACAAUACGGUCGAAACAUCGUGACACAGUCAAACAACAUCUUCGAGACCAUGGCAUCGCCUACGCAAUUUACUAUUCCAUACCUUUCCACAAGCAGGAUGUGUAUCAGCGAUUUCCAGUGAUCGAAGGGUCUUGUCCUGUCACUGAGCGUGUUUGCGAAGAGAUCAUUAGUCUCCCGGUAGGUCCUUAUCUAAGCUCUACUACACAGACACGUAUAGUAGAAACUAUACGCAAGGCCUUAGGCUGA